AACCAACCAGUCGCCGUGUGAACGCCGCAAAAGUCACUUUUUUGGGAUGCAAGCGAGGAGAUCAAAGGAAAGCAAUAAUGGGGAAUUUCAUUUCAACUCCCCCCUUUUGGUUCCUGCAUGAACAGCACCACUCACCACCCUCAUGAACUCGUGCUCGCCGCCCCCCACAGAAAUCAGGCGUCUGUCGCAAUAUCCUGUAAGCCCUUUUUUUUGCCUCGUUUUUAUCAGCGACACAAGGCUUGGUAUCCUGGGGCCCGUCCAUCUCCUUUCAAUUUUGCCAAAAGGGCACGCUGCAUGCACAGUCGCCAUCUUGAGCAUUUCGCGGUUUAAAACGACCGCACUUGGUCACAUCUUCCCUGCAAUCUGCAACCUGCUUUCGCAACGCCCACUUGUCCUUUCCACUAAUACUUUAUGAGUGCACCUCCACCGCUGCCAGCGCCGCAGCGCGCGUUCCCAGAGGGGAGCGAUUUGAACAUUAGCUGGUCGGCAGGACUGAUUGCUACCAGCUAUGUCGUCUCAGCUGCAGGAGCAUGGGUGGCACUGGAACUGAUCAGGUUAAGGACAAGCAAUAGAGGAUGGUUUAAUUGGGUUUUACUCUUGCUUGCAUCCUUUGUGACCGGAGGCCUGGCCAUCUUCUCCAUGCAUUUUGUUGGAAUGGCUGCCUUUCAACUUUAUCAUGCUCAUGCAUCCGUGAAAGUUUUCUUUGCCACGGGAUUGACUAUUGGAUCAUUGAUCGAACCCAUUUUCUGCGUUUGCGUGGGAGUUUACAUAACUGGAGCACAAGACAAUCCAUCAAAUCUGCGAUUGUUGCUGGGAGGUGUAUUCGCUGCGCUCGGAAUUUGCUUGAUGCAUUUCACGGCAAUGACAGCAAUGCGUGUCGCAAUUGAUUGGAUUCCCGCACUUGUCUUCCUUUCGUGCCUUAUCGCACUUUUUGCCACGACAACCGCACUAUCUGUAUUCUUCCGGUUGCGUGCCGUGUGGCAGAAUAGUCUUUGGAAACAGUUGGGCUGUGCCAUGAUCUUGGCAGGAGCAGUCUGCUGCAUGCAUUACACUGGGAUGGCCGCCGCAAAUUAUGCCAUAGAUCCAAAUUUUCCACCACAGAGCGAUGCAGUCACGCAUGGAACCUUGCCUGUAAACGAUGUCUUGCGGAUUGGACUCGGUUUCUCGGGUUUCUGUGGCGUUCUUACACUGGGCCUUUUGCUGAUGCGAUUGCGAAACUAUUACUAUGGCAUCGGCGUUCGCAAAGGUCAAUUAACUCUGGCCGUCCUACUUGUUGACUCGCGUGGUCAUAUUAUGGUCGACAGUGAAGGCCACUUACCAACUCGAGCUGUGCUGGGAAACUUUGAUUUCGACCCUGCGAGGCCAAUGGCGCAUCCAGCGCUGCUCUGGCUGCUAAAGACAUCGGGUGCUUGGGACAAGAUCAAUCACUUGGCAUAUGCUUUCAGAAAACAUGGCGGCAGAGUUUACAGACUGCUCCAGGAUGUGCUUGUGGAUCGUCCAGAUGGUGAAUUGGCGAAUCGCCGUAUGCCUUUCUACCGUCUAGCGCUUGUACAUGAGGUUGUAACAUUGUCAACAUUCAUGGGCAUUCCUUUUGAUCGAAUGGGCUUGAUGUAUGAUACAGUCUUGGAGGCAAGAGAUGGAUGGGUGGGCCUUCUUGUAGACCAUCUGGAUUCAUGUCGUGCUGGAGAGCUGGCUGCCAGAGGAUUUCGUUGGACCUCGCAAAAGCAUGUCAUCACUAUUCUAUCCCGUCACCUCCGAGUGAGCGCUGGUGCUAUCAGGCCUAUCAUUCUGGAUGUGCCUGAUUACGUCAGCACUCGAACCCGGCCGCUCAAAUCUGGUCUGCAUGCGGGCGUGCUCCUUGUUCACCCCAAGAUAGGCAAUUUUCAGAUUAUGGUUCCUAGUCGGGAUCGCUCAACAAUUCCAGAAGUGGAGCUUUCUCCGAUAGCUUUUGGGGCACUGAAAGACAAUGCCCGUCGGUUGAAUGCGUACCUUGCCCCCAUUCUCACUGGAGGUGGAGGGGAAAGUAUGGUUAUGGCUGAUUAUGUUGCGGCGUCCGAGAUCUUGUCUGCAUUGACGCGAAUGGGAAUUGGCAUGGAUCCCGCAUCUGCACUGCCGCUAGAAUCACUUACUCCACCUGAGAGUGUGCUUGUACUCCACCGUAAAACUAAACCGAUGGAUGCGCCUGGAGAUUCUCCCAAACUCAAUCCGCCAAAGAACGGACGAGAAGAAUAUCCAUGGGUCUCACGCGUUCCUUUUGGAUCUUGGUCUCCAUCGCCAAACUCAGGUGAUGUGGACAUACUCUUAUUUAUUCGGUUGCAUUCAGCUGUUGGUGGCAAGUUCACCCCUCCCGCCGGUUUUACCCUCGUGGAUCUUACCGUGUUCGAGGCGAUGCAUUAUGCACGAUGCUUUCCUGCGAGACUCCGUCGCAUAUUGGGCUUGGAAAUGAAUGCAGAUUUGGACGAAAUGAUUGUGCCGACCCCACUAGGUCUUUUAGAUUCUGGUGAUUCCAAACGCACAAGUGCUCAAAAGGUGCCUAUAUCCAACCUGUGGAGAGAUUCUGUUGGCUCCAAAAUGUCGGCUACCGAUGGGACCACAUCCCGAACGUUGAGCGAGGAUAAACAUGGACAUGUGGUCCUCAAUGUGGACGACAUCUUGCGCGAGGGCCCGCCGGAGGAUGUAGUCUCUCGGCCAGCCAUGCCACAUUCCGGGUCCAAAGGAACCUUGGUAAAUCCUCCGGAGUCAACCCGUUUGUCACUGCCACGUCGCAUGUCGUUGCACAAGCUGAAAAAGGCACUCGGAUUCACUGAUCGUAGCGCCAAAGACGCGACCAACGAUCAUUUUGUACCCGACUUGUCCAUAGAUGCCACUCCUCUUGCAGAAUUCCGUCCUCACUCUGAGCCAUCUGGUGCCCUGAGUGACGAUGACGAACCCAUCCCCGAUGCUUUGGGCCCCGAGGCUUCGCCGGCGGCCAAUGCAUGGCAGGCCGUACGUUGGGUCAAACUAUAUAUUAACGCGGACUGGAGGCAUUUGCUGAACGCUGGAACGAAGAGCAAUGGCAUUGGCGGAUUCUUAUUUGGAGGUCCUAACUGGUCGAAAAUGAGCAUCAAUGGAGAAGAUGGUGGCCGCGUUUCCAGGAGCAACAGUGCAACAUGAAAAGAACCUGAAAGGGCGUAAACUUGAUAAUUGUGACAUCGUCCUAAGUUGCAUAUUAACUACAGUAGAUACUUGAAUAUUUGGCCUAUAUGAUUAUUAUUUUAGUGAUGGUAGCGUUCCUUUUUGUGUAGCUUGAAAGCUUGCGGGAUAUCGUAUUUUUGAUAUAGUGAUAUGUUUGCGUAUAUUGUAGAUAGUAGUUAAACACAAUUGAAUUAAUUAAACAUGCCA